CCUGCCGCAAAAUCCGCAAACUAGGCUAAGCGAAAUGUGCGUCCAUCUAAACCGCUGGUAAAGAUUGCAUGAGUUCACGUGCUCGAGUCCAAUCCAAAACACUAUUAUCGAUUCUCGUUGACAUCGUCGAGUCAUUGUCUAAUUAAUGUGCUAACAAGUGCCUAAGUUCGGAAUAUCCACAAUGAGCUUCAGCAACAUCUGCCUAAGUGCACAGUUUACCUUCCUCAACCACAUCAAGCCUCAUUAUCUGCUUUAUUGCAUCACAAUCUGCAUGUUUGCCGCCUUGUUCGGCCUGGUAUGGAUCCUCAAGACAUACACUUUCUUUGAAAAGGCGGAGAUCCCCAGAGGCUCUACGCUAAAGUAUGACAAUUUAGGCGAAAUCAUCAAAGAAAACACUUGCUUGCACACGUGUUUAUGGAAGUACUACAGAAAGUUCAACAGGAAGAAUUCGCGCUUUGGAGGGAUGUUCGUUCUGGUCAAGCCGGGGAUUGUAGCAGUGGAUCCAGCCUCCAACGGAACUUCAGUGAUUCCCAAAGAGUGCAAGCUCAAACCUCAAGAGGCUGCAGCUCUACUGAACCACGACGUCUCCAACUGCUUUAUCAAAAAUUUCAACUCUUCAGUGAAAGAAGCCAUUCCUGAAUCCCUCCUCAAGUUGGCUGCGGCCAAAGUCCUCAAAUACUACCUAUGGGAGUCCACGUGUUUGCUCUUCGGCUUCCAAGCUCCUCAACUGGCGGGAAAAAUCAUCGAGCUGCUCCAGGAAAACGUCGCCACAUCCCACAAGUAUCUGCUUUUAGGCUUUCCAGUGCUGCAGAAGUUUCAAAGCCCCCCAAAACCUCACAAGCUGUUGCUGGAAUUGAUGGAGGCCCGGAAGAAAAAUGACUCGGAAGCUAAUGAUCUGAUCGAGGCCUUUACACGGCUACUCAACGGAUCCGACUACACAGUCGAUGACAUUGCAGAAGAAGUGUUUAAUGCGUUUCUAGACACUCUAAGCUAUAGUUGUUCGUCGCUGUUGUUUUGCUUCUACGAACUGGCGAUUAACAGUGAAAUUCAGCAGAAACUGAUGAGCGAAAUUAGGCGAUUUAAUCAGAAGAAUGAGGCCUUGACGUCUGAAAACUUAGGCCGGAUGAAGUUUUUAAAUGCCACUAUUAAAGAAACAUUCCGAAAGUACCCACCGGUAUCCACCACCAUCCAGCAGAGCAAGCCCUUGCGCAGGGACCCGGCUAAAAGCGGCCUGACGCUCCAGUCAACCCUGGGUAUCCACAGGGAUCGUCGAUUCUACACCAGACCUGAAGCCUUCGAACCCGAUCGUUUUAUGCACAGCAUACCAGUGAAUGAAGACAUUUACCUGCCGUUUGGGGUAGGAGCUGGCAGCCAACUCCGCAUGCGGUUGGUCAGUCUGCAAAUGGCUUUGGUGCUAGUAGGCGUUUUUUCGCAUCUCAAAGUGGGGCUUAGGGACGGUGGUGCC